AUGGACGCUUUCGUUUCAAGGAAGAGGCGGCGGCUGUCUCAGUCAAGCUUGGGGGCUAUUACAGCGUCAGCGGGGGCAUCAAAUAUCCCAAUUCCCGAUACCUCUGGCGAGGACUCAACAGACAUCAAAAUUGCCAUUCUGCUCUCGCUGUUCCCAGAUAUCAAGCAAGAAAAUCUGUUGGAUAUCUUAGUUUCUUGUGAUGGGUCUGUGGAGGCUGCUUCUUCUCUUUUAACAUCCCAAGGCACUUCGUCGAGCUCACCUUUCAAGAAACGUGCGACUUCGAAUCCAGCUCGCGGGGCCCAAACAUCAUUAUCAUCACACGUACUCACCAAAGCAAAGGAUGGAUCUGUUACCACUCUCAGUGAGAGUCUCAUUCAUCGAAAACCAUUGUCCACUAAGAAAGGACAGACCCUACACCUUUACUCUCCCGAGGAUAUUGCAGCCUACACGCCUUGCACAAUUAUCCAUAAUUUUCUUCCCGCCGAACAGGCAAACGCACUCCUGAUCGAACUACUUGAUGAAUCGGAACACUUUUCACGAUACGAGUUCCAGCUGUUCAAUCGAACGGUUCAGAGUCCCCAUACGACGAGUUUAUACGUCUCGACGGCCGAAGAAUACCAACAACAUACCUCCGAGUACAAGUAUGGCGGCACUUACCGCUCAAACGUUCGACAAGCAACGCCAGAACUUCGCUCUGUAUCCCGAAAAGUACAAUACGCGGUCAACGAAGUAGUUCACGCUCGCAUACACAAUAUUUACCCUGAUGGCAAGAAGCUCAAGUAUCAGUCACCAAAGGAGUGGCGACCGAAUGCAGCCUUUGUCAAUUGUUACGAUGGACCUGGAGAAAAUGUGGGGUAUCAUUCCGAUGAUCUGACCUAUCUUGGACCCCAUCCGAUCAUUGGAAGUUUAAGCCUAGGCGUGGAACGAGAAUUCCGAGUCCGUCGAGUUCUACCUCGGGAUGAAGAGGAUGAUGCAGGCCAAAUAGGCGCCGAAGAUAACAAGAGGAAUCCACCCUCAGGAGCGACCAAUGAUCGAAAGUUGUCCACUGCUCGUGCAGAUGCGCAAGGUCAGAUUUCCAUCCAUCUGCCACACAAUUCCCUCCUGGUCAUGCAUGCAGAGAUGCAGGAAGAGUGGAAACACUCAAUCGCCCCUGCACAAACUAUCUCUCCACAUCCAAUAUCGGGCAAUCGGCGGAUCAACAUCACUUAUCGCUGGUAUCGCGACACACUUCACCCUCGAUAUACACCUCGAUGCCUCUGUGGUGAGCAUGCGGUCCUUCGAUGUGCUCAACGUAAACAAGAAACGCGGGGCCGGUACAUGUGGAUGUGCUACGCUGGAUAUGUACCAGGAAAAGAAAGCUGUUCGUUCUUUCAGUGGGCAGAGUUCGACGACGAUGGCAAUCCUGUGUGGACUCAUAAACCGCAGGAGGAGGAAACCGCCCCAGCUCUGGCCAAUUUUUCAGCUUCUCAAUAG